CGUGGCGUUUUCGUAUUGGCUGCUCAUAAAAGACAAAAGGCCCGUCUCUCUCUUCAUCCUCCUCCAAAUCCUUCGAAGAAAUCAUCAUUGCUGGAAAAGUAUCCUUGAAGUAUCCAUGAAGUUGCCCAAUUUAAUCCUUAUAAAUUGAUCAAACCCAACAACUCUACUUCCGUUCCCAGAAAUCUGCAAAAAAAAAAAAAAUGGAGAAAGGAAUCAAGAGACAACGAGUUCUUCUUGAACAUCUCCGUCCUUCUUCCUCACACAGUUUCAAAGGCUCUCUCUCUGUGCUUCUGCUUGCUUGGCUUGGGACAGUGCUGCGUACCAGAGGACCUCUCUCUAUGGAGAUGAUGUUGUCAUUGUCGCGGCACAUAGGACUGCACUUUGCAAGUCCAAACGUGGCAACUUCAAGGAUACUUUUCCUGAUGAUCACUUUGCAAGUCCAAAUGUGGCACCGUCAUCAGACCAAGAGAGUGAAAGACAUUUUUUGUCCACAUGUUUGGAGAUCGACGAUGGGAUUUUGUAGCGAAAGUGUCAGGUUUGAAGGUGGAGGGAGAAACAUAAGACUAGGUUUGAAUAGAACAGGGAAGAGUUGCAGGUUAAGGUGGGUUAACUACUUACAUCCUGGUCUCAAACGUGGUAAGAUGACGAACCGAUAAUGAGAUAAAGAAUUACUGGAGGACUCAUAUGAGGAAGAAGGCACAAGAAAAGAAGAAGAGACCUAUGUCUCCAGCUUCCUCGUCUUCAGACUGCUGCUCAUCAUCUAUGACCACUGCAGCUACUCAAAAACGAGUGUAUUGUGUGUCUCAAAAGUUUUCCAAAAUAUUGUGUUUCACUUGCAACAAAUCAUUUCACCAAAAUAUUGUGUC